AUGGUUCUCGCGGACGUGUUGAAGCGAUGGCAGCAAAUCAAGGGCAAGGAAACCUUUUUCCUCACAGGAACUGACGAGCAUGGCAUGAAGAUCCAACGAGCGGCCGCCAAAGAGGGAAUAGCACCCAAAGAAUUUUGCGACAACUACUCGAACAAGUUUCGAGAGCUGGCCGCUGCUGGCGAUAUUUCGUACGAUGCUUUUAUUCGAACAACGGACUUGGAGCACAAGGAAGCCGUCAGUGAAUUCUGGCUGCAGCUUAAACACACUCUGCCUGAACAUUUGGAACUCUACAAAGGAACGCAUGAAGGGUGGUAUGCUGUGAGCGACGAAUGUUUCUACCCAGAAGACCUGGUGCGGCCAGACAUUGUACCCCAGACAGGAAAGAAGAUUAUGGUUAGUGACGAAACAGGAAGCGAGGUGGAAUGGGUGAAGGAGGAAACCUGGUUUUUCCCCUUGACAAAGUACAAGGAUGCCCUUUUGAAAUUCUACGACGAGAAUCCCAAUUGGAUAACUCCAGCACAUCGGAUGAAUGAGGUUCGCAACUGGGUUGAAAAUCACUUGGAGGAUUUGUCGAUCACGAGGCCUGCGGCUCGGCUAAGUUGGGGCAUCCCGGAUCCCGAGGACCAUAAUCAGACGAUAUAUGUUUGGGUUGAUGCGUUGAUCAAUUACAUUACUCAGGCAGGCUAUGGCAGGAAAUGGCAUUCCUCAUCGGAUAACACGGGACUUUGGCCUGCGGAUAUGCAAAUUAUUGGAAAGGAUAUUCUGCGAUUUCAUGCCAUAUACUGGCCAGCUCUCCUCAUGGCCCUAGAUUUACCUCUUCCCAAACAGUUACUCUGCCAUAAUCACUGGACCAUGUCCAAUCGGAAAAUGUCUAAAUCACUUGGCAAUGUGGUCAAUCCCUUCUUUGCUGUGCAACGUUGGGAUAUCGAUCCUUUGCGCUACUUUCUCAUGCGAAACGGAAGCUUUACUAAAGAUAUGAGUUACUCAAAUCAGCUGAUUGGGUCAGUUUACGCCAAGGAGCUGCAGGCGAAUAUUGGUAACCUUCUUUACCGGAUUGCCCGACCAAAGGUUACUUCGAAAUGGUCGACUCUCGAAGCGGUCGGAGCAUUCCGCCGGGGUGCCUUUGGGGAAAUCCCUGGCCACACUUCGCAGCAGCUCUUUGUCAGCCUGGACGAUCAUUUGGAGAAGAUCACUUCCGCAUUUUUCGAGGAGAUGGAGAAGUUCAACACUGGAGGUGCUAUUCGCGAAGUUUUUAAUCUUCUUCGUGAGACAAAUCGUUACGUCUCUGAUACGGAACCAUGGAAUCUCGUCAAGAGCCCGAACCCCCAAUCCCGUAUAUUGCUUAAUUUGGUUAUCUACAAUUGCGCGGAGGCCUUGCGUAUCGCUGGCAUCCUGUUGCAACCAAUCAUGCCUACCAAGGCAUCCUUGCUGCUGAAUGAACUUGGAGUUAGGGAAGAUCGACGCACUCUUGAGUUUGCUUCUAAGGGCAAGGACCCCGAAUACGGCACCGAAGCUAAGACGGGAGACUCAGCAGCUAGAUUGAAGAAAUGGGACACAAUCUUCCCCCCAACGCCGAAUGCGAAUGACUCAGAUGCCGAGAUCAUGGAACAACUGAGCUCGGCACUGCAUGACAAAACGAAGAAUAAAAUGAAUCAAGUUGCGGAGCUCCUGGCUAUGGAGGCCCGCAUGGGAGAAGAGGCCGUGGCCAAAAUGCUUUCCGAAAUGCAUGCUGCGAGAAACGCGAAAAUGGGCGACAUCCUUGUGGCACUUCAAGAAGCGACAGCUUCUCAACCACUGACUUUAGAAGAAGAAUACGAGAAUCAGCAAUCCUGGCGAACCGCCCACGAAAAACUCACAUUCAUAAUAUGCCAAGCAUUGCCCACGGCAGACCGAGCAUCGCCAUCAAUAAAGGCGAAAGUGGUGGAUGCAGAUGACCGCAUGAUUGGAGACAUCAAUUUCUUUAUUUACCAAGAUGAUGAUCCUGAAGAAACUCUACAAAACCGGAAAGCCAAUGUCGCCUUGAGAGGGGAAAUCGAUGUCAUGAUCGCGAGCACAGAGCAUCGAAGGCAAGGAUUCGGAAGUGCCUCAGUACAAGCCUUACUAAUGUAUUUGCGCGAAAAUAUGAAACACAUACUGAAGGAGUAUACAUGUAGUCUUAAACUUGGACAAGAAGUUGACCUAGCUGAGCUCAUGGUCAAGAUUCAAGAAGGAAACAUUGGCAGUAGAAGAUUAUUCGAGAAUCUGGGUUUUAACCAGGUUGGGGAUGUGAAUUAUUUCGGCGAGGUCACGUUACUAAUUGCGUGGGCGAAGGUUGAGAACUUGGUUGAUGGAUUGUUGAACUCCGGUGAGGUAUAUCGAGAGGUCAGGGCGCAAACGGAAACUUGGACUGCUAAAGCGACUCAAUCCAAAGUCAAACAGGCAACUUCAGAAGAAAUUAUGGAACACUACAACUUCGACCCAGAACGAGUCAAGCGCGUUUCUUAUUGUGAGAAAAAGUAUCCUCUGGAAAUUCAGGAACCCGAUCCUUCUUGGCCCGUCCAAUUCCAAGCUCUGGAGUCGAGCAUUGAGGCAGCACUGGGUCUCAAGGCAAUCUGCAUCUCACAUGUUGGAUCAACUGGCGUCCCCGGUCUGUCGGCAAAAAACAUAAUCGACAGUGACCUUACAGUAGCAGACUGA